AUGGAAGCCUUAAUAAAAUUGAAGCAAAGCACCACUGUUGCAGCUUACAAAAGCCAAUUUGAGAUGUUGAGCAAUAGGAUAAGAAAUUUGCCAGAAUGCCAUAAGUUGAGUUGUUUCAUGAGUGGUCUUAAGGAUGAAGUGAGACUAGCUGUGAAGAUACAGAAUCCAAGAUCUCUAAAUGCAGCUUUUGGGUUGACCAAGAUUCAAAAAGAAUAUUUGCAGUCUUGUAGGGAGACUUAUAAACCUGUCUAUGAGUUCAACAAGAACAAUUGGCAAUCAUCAUCAUCAGUUGUGGUUAAAAUUGAUAACAAGGGUGAUAUUAUAUCAAGGAUGCCUAUAAAAAAGGUGUCAUCAGCUCAGAUGGAGGAGAGAAGAAAGAAGGGGCUUUGUUACUAUUAUGAUACUAAAUGGCAUCGAGGACACCAAUGCAAAGAAUUAAAGUUGUUUCUCAUGGAAGGCAUGGAUGUUAUUGGUGAAGAAAAAGUGCUAGCAGUGGAGGAACAACCAAAUUUUGAGCCUGAGCAAUCUGAGAUUACACUGUAUGCUUUGCUGGGUAGUCCCUCUCCAGGAACUAUGAGGGUUUUGGGGCAGAUUAGGGGACAUUGGGUUGUUAUUCUCCUUGAUACAGGAAGCUCCCAUAAUUUUCUGGAUUUUACCUUGAUUAUGCAGCAAACUUGUGCAGAUCAGAUGCAACAACUUGUACCAGAGGUGCAGACUUUGUUAGAUGAGUUUGCUACAGUUUUUGAAGAUCCAAAGGGACUGCCUCCUUCUAGAGGUCAUGAACAUCAGAUUAUGCUUAAGCCAGGUACUCAGCCCAUUUGUCAAAGACCUUACAGCAACAAUUUGCAUGAUCAUGUGGCACAUUUGAAACAAGUUUUACAUAUCUUAUUUGAUAAUAAAUUGUUUGCCAAAAGAAGCAAAUGUGCUUUUGCUUGUUCUGAAGUCGAGUAUUUGGGGCAUAUUAUUUCUAGUGAAGGAGUCAUAGCAGAUCCUAAGAAGACAGUAGCUAUGCUAGAAUGGGCUGUUCCUAAAACAGUGAAAGCUCUAAGGGGUUUCCUUGGCUUGACUGGUUAUUACAUAAAAUUUAUCAGGCAUUAUGGUCAAAUUGCUUCUCCACUUACUGACUUACUCAAAAAGGAUGCAUUUGAGUGGACUGACAAGGCAACUAAAGCAUUUGAGGAUCUUAAAAGAGCUAUCUCUCAACCUCUUGUGUUAGCACUGCCGGAUUUCUCAAAACCAUUUUUGAUAGAAUGUGAUACUUCUAGUUAUGGACUUGGAGUUGUACUGCUGCAAGGCAAUAGACCCUUGGCUUUUCAUAGUCAAGUUUUAAAAGGGAAGAGUGUUCAUUUGUCCACUUAUGAAAAGGAGUUGUUAGCCUUGGUCCAAGCAGUUAAAAAAUGCCCCACUUGGAUUGAGGAGCUUAAGGCUAGUUAUGCAAAUGAUCUAGGAGUGCAAAAGAUUUUUCAGUCUAUUCAAGACGGGACUGCCAGUACAGGGAAGUUUAGUGUGACAAAUGGCUUAUUAUUGUACAAGGGAUGGAUUUACUUGGGUGAUAGAUGCAAGUUGAAGGGUAAGGUACUUGAAUUGGUCCAUGAUAGCCCUUUGGGUUGCCAUUCCGGUUUUCUAAAAACAUUACAUAGAGCCAAGAAAGAUUGGUUUUGGUGGGGUAUGAAGAAAGACCUGAAAGACUACAUUAAGUGUUGUGAGGUAUGUCAACGAAUCAAACAUGAGACAACUAAACCAGCUGGGUUGUUGCAGCCUUUGGCUAUUCCUUAUAAGCCUUGGAUUGACAUUAGCAUGGACUUUAUGGAAGGUUUGCCCAAGUCUCAGAAACAAGAUGUUGUGUUCGUAGUAAUGGAUAGGCUAACCAGGUUUGACCAUUUUAUUCCUCUCUCCCAUCCUUAUUUUGCAGCAAAAGUUGCAACUCUGUUUAUGCAGCAUGUGUUCAAGCUCCAUGGCAUGCCUAUUUCUAUUGUGAGUGAUAGGGAUCCAAUUUUUACCUCAACAUUUUGGGGAGAGUUGUUCAAAAAACAAGGUGUUGAGUUAUCUAUGUCAUCAUCCUAUCAUCCACAAUCUGAUAGGCAGACAUAA